CCGGGCUUCGGCAAAGACCGGGAGCCGCCGCCGAGCGCGCUCAGAACGGACGUGGAGCGCCCGGGGGAGCCGGAGAAGCGGGAGCUCUCGCACCCGUACGACGCCGCUGACCGCUCCUCCUUCCGCCACACGGCGCUCUUCUCCAGCGAGGGCCCCCGGGAGCCGGGUCCCGAGGGCAGCGACGGGUCCCCUGAAGGGCCCAAGAAUAAGCACCGGCGCAACCGCACCACCUUCACCACGUUCCAGCUGCACGAGCUGGAACGCGCCUUUGAGACGUCCCACUACCCCGACGUGUACAGCCGCGAGGAGCUCGCCCUCAAGGUGCACCUGCCCGAAGUCCGUGUGCAGGUGUGGUUCCAGAACCGCCGCGCCAAGUGGAGGCGUCAGGAGAAGAUGGACUCCGGCGCUGCAAAGCUGCCCGAGUCACCCGUGCUGUCUCUGAGCCGCCCCCCGAUGCCCCACCCCGGCGUCGGACCCGUGAUCAGCUACACCUCCCUGCCCCUAGACCCCUGGCUGGGCUCGCCGCUCUCGGGGGGGGCACCCACGCACUGCGUCCCCAGCUUCGUGGGUUCCGCCCAGGGCCCGCAUCCCUCGUACCCAGGCCACGCCUUCCUCAACAGCCCCCCGGGGGUGGGGCGGGGCAUGCAGCCCGUGACACCCUACCAGUGUUCUGGAACUUUCUCUGACAAGUUCCCGCUGGAGGAGGUGGACCAGCGCAGCUCCAGCAUCGCCUCGCUCAGGAUGAAGGCCAAGGAGCACAUACAGUCUGUGGACAAAACCUGGCAGCCCAUGUGACACGGGGGACAUGGGACACGCAGGAGGGACACACGCGGGCUGAGCGACACGUCCGUUCUUCCACUGGACAGUCGGGCUCCGCUUCAUGCAGGCAUUCCCAUUGUUGUUACUGUUGUCAUGGCAACAUGGCACGGGCUACACGCGAAAACCCGCUGACGUUUUGUCCGCCGUGCCCUGCAAUGACCUGCAGGCCAGACACGGAGCGACGGCGCUCGGGAUGCUGGGAGCACGUCUGGGGCACGGGAGGGAGUCACUCUGGGUGACGGUGGCCAUUGGUCGAGGUGACGACCGUCCUGGGGGGUCCACAGCGGUCAGAGACAAUCGGGCUGGUCCCACAACGAGAAACUGCAGAGCGAGUCGUUCCCGCCGCUCGUCUUGCCAGCGAAGCGCAUCGGGACGGCAGUGUCCACGCACGUAGGAACCGGUGUCACGCCGCAUCCACGAGAAGCCAAAGUCUGCGCGGUUCCUCCUGCGGGUGGAGAAUAAGGAGCUCGAACCCACAGCCACGUGUGCCGUGCGCAGCUCUCAUUUCACCGUGUCCGGACCGAGGGCCGUGUUGUGUGACGAACCCAGAUACCUGAAAUAAACAAAUGAUGGUGAAGUGACGAAGUUCAACGCUUUCGUUCUUAUUUCGUGUCUGAGACCGAAAGAGGCUCCGACUGUAAGGGUGAGCAGCAGGAGCGGAAACGGUUAAGGACCCGCAACCGGGCGAACACACACACAGGGGUCACACUCCCACUCCCACCAGCCCGUUAAGGAGAUGAGGCUCCAAUCAAUCAGGCCAUGGGGGGCUCUGGGGGGCUCU